CACGAAGUAGUACAGGAAAAGAAAAGUAAAUAUGGAUUUUGGGAAGGCAAAACGACGAGGUUCUCUGGUUUACGUUGAAGUGGUUUACCGUCCGGUUGGAUCAAAUAAGUUCUAACACAUCUCAGUUCUUUUGCAUCUGGACCAACCAUCGUUUCUCAAGUUCAGCUGCAUUGGCAACUCGGGUAUGGGAUCUAACAGGGUACAGAAUGGAAUUCAACAACUGCUGGGAGCUGAACAAGAGGCUCAGCACAUUGUCAAUGCAGCCAGAAAUGCUAAAUUGGCCAGAUUAAAACAGGCCAAAGAAGAAGCUGAGAAGGAGAUUGCUGAGUUUCGUGCUCAGAUAGAACUUGAGUUUCAGAGAAAGGUUUCGGAGAGCAGUGGGGAUUCAGGUGCUAAUGUAAAGCGACUUGAGCAAGAGACAGACGCAAAGAUCCGUCACCUGAAGACACAGGCUGCAAGAAUAUCCUAUGAUGUUGUACAGAUGCUUCUAAAUUAUGUGACCACUGUGAAGAACUAAAUUCCUGAAAAGCUUGGCGGUUGCUUGGAUAGUCCCUCUUUUGCUAGUACUUUACUAUAAAAGUUGGAAUUCUUCUGGCGGCAGUGACAUUGUUUGUAUUUAUGGCUCCCAUACAUAUAACCUUUAUUAGUUAAUUAUGUUCAUUCAACAAAAUAAAUGAUUCACUUUGUGCUAUUUGAUAUCA